UCAGCCAUCUCAGGAGUCGAGUCGAAAAAGUCCUGUGGAGUACGAGCACACACGCCAGCGACCCACCAGAUAUGAAGGUCCUCAUUGUUCUCGCCGUUGCCUGCGCCACCGCUCACGCCGGUUUCAUUGGUGGUGGCCAUGGGGGCGGAGGAACUUCUACCCAGCACCGUUCUCAGGACAUCUCCGGCGCCUACAGCUUCGGCUACAACGAGAAUCACGCCACUGGGGGCACUUCUCGCUGGGAGUCCGGUGAUGGCGUCGGCAACAAAAGGGGCUCGUACAGCCUGCGCGGCGCCGACGGCCGCUGGCGUACCGUCAAGUACGUCGCUGAUGGCGCUGGAUUCCGUGCAGCCGUGUCCACCAACGAGCCAGGCACCGCUCCAUCCUCUCCCGCUUCCGCUGGCAUCAAUGCGCCUAUCCUCCACGUUCCUGCCGGACACCAUGAUGGUGGCUACGGAGGCUACGCUGGUGCCUAUGGAGCUGGAGCGUACGGAGGUGGAGCGUAUCUUGGAGGAGCUGGUUAUGGAGCUGGAGGUUACUACGGAGCCGGAGCCGGCAUCGGAGCCGGAGCAACCAAGGCGGCCCACGUCUUCGGUGCUGCUAUUCCCGGAACUGGCUUCGGCGGCUUCGGAGGCUACGGCGGCUACGGAGGAGGCUAUGGAGGUUACGGACACCAUGGCUACGGUGGUCAUGGCAUCGUUAAGCAUUAUUAAGUUAUGUAACAAAGACGAAUGCUAGUUGAUUGUGGCUUCAACUGUCCUUCAGUUAGGGUUAGUUGUUUUUCUUAUUGUUGGCACCAGUGCUUCAUCGCCAUUGUCGCUCACUUCGCGAUGUUAUCUACUACUAUGGCCCCCUUUUGUGCAAAGACUCACGUUCCUAAGUGCGUUUCCUUGGUGUUUCAGUGCUGCUCAACUUCACUCAUUGUUUGCUUUCUUGUGCUCGCCAAAUAGUGUGUGUCGUGCUCGUUUUGAAUAAAAAAUGUUUCGUCGCUGUCGAACUUGAA